AUGGUCAGCGGUAUGGAUGGCCAGAGGAGGUCGAACGUGAGUGCCACCCUGAACAGGCCAACGCUUCAUGCUUCUCCAGGAGGGGCUGAGGAUUUCGGCAGCGGACGGAGCUCCCUGGGCCUCGACUCCGGGCGUCAGGAACAGUGGAUGAACGAUUAUUUUGAUCGCAGGGCGACCAGAAAUCACGGCCCAAAUGGUGGCUCGCAUGCAGACGACGACGCCUCUGAUGACGGCGAGGCAUUCCCCCCACAACGCGUCAAUUGGGCUGCUAUGAGAGCAGAUGCAAGCAUGGAAGAGUAUCUACGAAAUGCACAGAUUCCCGAGUACUCGGAUGAAGAGGGCGGCAGCGGUCCUCUGGAAGACCUCGGUGACAUCUCCGCCGAGGACACCAGUGUCGAAGACGGCGAGAAUCACAUCGACCAGCAGGAAGAAGAACCCGAGUUCGAUCCUGUUGCUGCCGGUCUGAAGGAGAUCUCAAACCUGGGGAAGUUCACCGUCAGCAGCCACAAGCAGGGGAAUGGCGUUGAUCAGCUCCGGCAUGACAGCCUUAAGAGUUACUGGCAAUCCGAUGGGCCUCAGCCCCACAAAUUGACCGUCUACUUCAUCAAGCGUGUCGGCAUCAGAGACAUCCGCUUCUACGUGGACUACAACGAGGACGAGUCCUACACGCCCACCAAGAUCAUCUUCAAGUCAGGAACCAGCGAGAACAAUCUCAUUCAAUUCGCGACUAUGGAUCUGUCAGCACCUUCAGGAUGGCAGCUGGUUCCCAUCGCUGGCUCCGGCGGUGGUCCUGACGGCAACACCCUGGUGUCGUAUGUGUUCCAGAUGCAGAUACUCGAGAACCACCAGAACGGCAAAGACACACAUCUCCGUUCUAUCAAAAUCUACGCAGCGGACACCGAUGGCGCGAAUGUCGAACGCGAACGGGACUCUAACAACGUCUCUGUACACAGCGACCUCACCAUGGAGGACGUUGCUGCGGAUGAAAGGCCAGCCGACCCCUGGGACAUCUCUGUACUUGAAGCUGGCCUUCCUAUUCCCGACUUCAUGAAAGAGCCUGAGAUUCGUUGA